CCCCCCCCCCCCCCGAACCUUCGCCUCGGCCACUUUAGCCCUCCGCGGCGGCGCCCAGCUCCUCCCCUCCUCCUCCCGCUCCUCCACAUCCUCCUCGCCACCACCGCCGGCACGCUCCUCGCGGUGCGUCGGGUGCGGGUAGUCAAAUCUCCUCCUCCGUGCCACGCAACCCAGCGACACGCCCAACCCCAAUAUAGGAGGCGGCCCUCUCUCAGAUCCAUCCCUUUCUCUCUUCCCUUCGUCUCGCUUUCCGCCUCCGAUUCCCCAAUCUCUUGGGAGGGCGAUGCGGUGGAAACUCGGCACUGCGGCGUACAAGCGCGUGCCGUCCCGGGACGCCGCCAUGGACCCCGACCUCGAGACGCCAGAUCCGGCAGCAGAGAAGACGCCCGAGGGAGGAGGAGGAGCAGGAGCAGCAUGCCCAUUGUGGCGCAGGUCGCUGCCGCACGUGUGCGUCACCACGGUCACCUCCUUCCUCUUCGGCUACCACACAGGAGUGGUGAACGAGCCGCUCGAGAGCAUCUCCACCGACCUCGGAGGUCGGGUGCGGGGAGUCGCUGUCGCCGUCGAUGACGCGGUUCGGGAUUGCCGCGUGCUUCAACGCCACAUCGUCGGCCGUCUCGGAGGCCGCCGGCGCCAACGCCGCGUUGGGCGUCGUCCAUGCGGUGCCGCCGACCGAGCCUGUCGUGUCCGCCGAGUGGCUGCACGCCAACCUCAGGGACCCCGAUGUGAAGGUUUCUUCGUCAUGAUCUGGAUUGCCGCAGUCAUGUUCAAGUCCAAUGAUAUCUUGCGCAAGCAGACCGCUCUCAGGUGGGAGAGGAAAAUGCCAAUGCUUAUCGGGAUUGUAGUACUAUUCACCAUUCACGUGUUUGGAGUCUACUGGUGGUACAUGAAUGAUGACCUUGUUAGACCGUUGGUGAUGCUUCCUCCAAAAGAAAUACCACCAUUCUGGCAUGCUAUAUUUUUCAUUGCGGUGAAUGAUACAAUGGUUCGGCAAGCUGCUAUGGUGGUCAAGUGUGUGCUUCUCAUGUACUACGUCGAAUAUCUCAAGCGACCUUGCCCUAUUUUAUGUCGAAUAUCUCAAGCGACAAAAUUUGCUCUCAAUGUACUGUUGCAGGAUCUGGAUAUCUCUGAAAAUUUAGUACUUUCUGGUGUUGAUCUCAAGUGUUGGCUCCUACAGCAUUGCAUUUCACCAAGUGAAAUGCUACAUUUCUACUCCUAACCCAUUUUCUCUUUCUUAGUGUUUUUGUUAUGCAGGUUGGAAGAAAAGAAGAUCCAAAGAAGAUCUUAGUAAUAAGAUAGUUUUUAGGAAAAUAGAUAUUUAAUUUUAGGUCAUUUCUUGUAAUUUCAGAUAUGGAGUGCUUGUCUUUAGUUUUUGUUUUGACUUUGUGAAACUUGCUAACUAUGGAUGAAACUGUGUAAUAUUGAUGAAACUAUGUAUAUGUAUGGAUGAAACUUGCUACUA